AACAGUAUCAGGCAGCGCUAUCACGGGCUGUUCCCCGCUGCACACUGUGCUCCGCGCUUGUAGUGACAAGAGCAUCCGGCGUCAGUGAGUGUCUAAGUGGGUAUUUUCUACCCCACCCACACACCCUUGUCUGGAAGGAGGCUUUGUCCUCAGCACGGGAGCAGACCAGUCUGACCUCAGCAGACAAAACAACGCUGACGGAACACGGGAGAGGGGGUCUGGGCUUCCAACGCCCUGGUUUACGGACCGCUUAGGGGAGCGACUGACAGACAGGGGACCGACAGCAUGAGAAGGCAUCACUUCUCCGCCACUUUCCUUCUCUCCGUCAGCCUGGGCAUCCUUCGCCUCGCCAAAGGAGAAUUAUGUGACCCCAAUCCAUGUGAGAAUGGUGGUACGUGCAUGGCAGGGUUGGCAGAGGGAUCGUUUUCCUGUCAGUGUCCUGAAGGAUUCACAGGCCCCAGCUGCUCUAGUAUUGUGGAGGUUGCUCCAGAUGGAGAGGAGUCAACUACAGCAGGAGCUUGUCAGCCGAACCCAUGUCAUAAUGGCGGGAUGUGUGAAGUGAGUGACAGUUACCGCGGUGACACAUUUAUUGGCUACAUCUGCAGGUGUCCUGACGGAUACAGUGGGAUGCAUUGUCAGCAUAAUAUAAACGAGUGUGAGUUUGAGCCGUGUAGAAAUGGCGGGAUUUGCACUGACCUCAUUGCAAACUAUUCUUGUGAAUGUCCAGGAGAAUUCAUGGGCCGAAAUUGCCAGUACAAGUGCUCAGGUCCACUGGGGAUGGAGGGAGGGAUAAUAUCGAAUCAGCAGAUUUCAGCAUCCUCGACACAUCGUGCCCUGUUUGGUUUACAGAAGUGGUACCCAUACUAUGCCAGACUGAAUAAAAAGGGACUUGUAAAUGCCUGGACAGCGGCAGAAAAUGACAGAUGGCCAUGGAUUCAGAUUAACCUGCAGCGUACAAUGAGAGUCACAGGACUGAUUAGUCAGGGUGCCAAGAGACUUGGCAGCCCCGAGUACGUAAAAUCCUACAAGAUUGCUUACAGCAGCGAUGGCAAAGCCUGGACUACAUACAAAGUAAAAGGCACCUAUGAAGACAUGGUUUUCCGUGGAAAUGUUGACAACAACACGCCACAUGCAAAUUCCUUCAAUCCUCCUAUCGAGGCCCAGUUCAUACGCCUGUAUCCCCAAGUCUGCCGGAGGCACUGCACACUGAGGAUGGAGCUGCUCGGCUGUGAGAUGACAGGCUGCUCAGAACCUCUGGGCAUGAAGUCAGGACAUAUCCAGGAUUAUCAGAUAACUGCUUCCAACGUCUUUAGGACCUUAAAUAUGGACAUGUUUACCUGGGAACCCUGUAAAGCUCGACUGGAUAAACAGGGAAAGAUAAACGCCUGGACUUCAGGACGCAGUGAUCAGUCACAGUGGCUGCAGAUUGAUCUCCUCGUUCCUACGAGAGUGACUGGCAUAAUUACCCAAGGUGCUAAAGAUUUUGGUCACAUACAGUUUGUUGGUUCCUACAAGGUCGCCUACAGUAACGAUGGAAAGAACUGGACUAUUUAUAAAGAUGAUAAACAACAGAAGGAUAAGGUUUUCCAAGGUAAUUUUGACAAUGAUACACACAGGAAAAAUGUAAUAGAUCCUCCCAUCUACGCACGAUAUAUUAGGAUCUUGCCCUGGUCAUGGUACGGUCGGAUCACUCUGCGGAUGGAACUACUGGGAUGUACAGAGGAGUGAUAGUGAACGGUGGUCAUUGACAAGAAAGUUAUCACCAUACGACUAAAUCUCAACAAAAAAAACUGCACAAACCUGUAAGAUACUGGAGGGUUUUCACGAACAAGGUGUUCAGAUUGUGAUAGGCAUGAAUCGUUAGGUGGUCUCAGCCUGCUCUGUGUCAGACUUUCAUACGGUGAUUUUACUUCCUUAGAAGUUUAUUUUCCAGUGUUUUGUUUAUUUGUAUAUAAUGAAAUAAAACUUGUGCAAUUACAAACUUUAACCCACCUCCCUUCCCCCCAAGUUUGAUUAAUAUGCAUUUAAACUAAUAUUUCUAAUUAUUAUUCCAGGUGCCAUUAUUGCAUCUUAUUUAUUGUCAAUUUCAAUAAGUUUUUUUUUCAGCUGUUAAGAAUGAAAUGGUUUUCAAUCGUUUCAGUUUCACUUUGUCACUAUAGUCAGGCAGUAAAACAACUGAGCACUAAUAAAGCUUUCUAUAGGGUGUACCUGUCUCUUAUUGUUAACAGACACUGAAGAUUUCUUUAAAGGCAUCUUUUUCCCUAAUUUCAUUAACAUAUGCUUACAGACUUACCUACAUAAGAUCAAUAGAUAUAUGAUUCUGUAUGUGUGGGGGCUCAUACCUAAUAUGCUAAUAAAGGAGCCCAGAAAGCUAAUUAGUUACUGCAAUACAUCAAAAUAAUUAGGCAAUAAAUUUUAUUAAUUCCUAAUUAUACAAGACAAUAAAUCCAUGAGCAUACACUCAAUGGUCACUUUAUUAGGUACAGGAGUGGAACUUGGUGUGGUCAUCUGCGCUUAACACAUCCACUUCAAGGUUCGACAUGUUGUGCAUUCAGAGUUGCACAUCUGCACACUCCUGUCAUCUUCUUGUCAGCUUGAACCAUUAUGGCCAUUCUCCUGUGAUCUCUCUCCUUAUCAAAAGUGUUUUUGCCCACGGAACUGUUGCUCACUGGAUGUUCCUUUUUGUUUUUCUCACUAUUCUCUGUAAACUCGAGAAACUGUUGUGUGUGAAAAUCCCAGGAGAUCAACAAUUUCUGAGGUACUCGAACCACCCUAUCUGGCACCAACAAUUAUUUACAAUCAAGGUCACUUAGGUCACAUUUCUUCCCCAUUCUGAUCUGAUCAACGAAUGAACCUCUUGACCUUGUCAGCAUGCUUUUAUGCAUUGAGUUGCUGCCACGUGAUUGGCUGAUUAGAUAUUAGCAUUAACAAGCAGGUGUACCUAAUAAAGUGGCCACUGAGAGUAAAACAUAACAAUAAAAUUAAUGCUCGAGCACACACCAUCCCUUUUUCGGAGCUCAUUCAAUGAUACCAUUUUAUCAUUUUUGGGCAGCAUGUUUGUAUUGCCAACCUAAGUUAUUCUGUUGCAAUUUUUAUUUUUAAUAAAAAACAAAUACCAAUAUAGCAAAGAAAUAGAGGGAAUACGGAAUGCUGUUGUAAUAAUUACUAAAUGUGGAUUUCUAUUGGACACGAUGUUUGUCCAAAUCUGUUCAGUUCAGUUAUGAUUCUGAUAAACGUGAGGUGGCCUCUGUAUAUCAAUGAAGACAUAACUAUGACGUUAUUGUAAGUUAUUCAUGUAAGCCAUUUACUGUUUCGUGACUUGAUGUACACGAAAGUUUGUCAAGUUUGCCUCGGUGCUUAUAUAUGCAAUUCAGCAAAAGUCAUGCAAAAGUUACAUCCAUGUAAUUUCACAGUGAUUCAGGUGCUGUUGUACCUCUCCUUCAGAAAUGACCUAUCGGUAUUUUAAAUAUCAUCACAGAUAAUCUCUACUUUUAAAUAUUAAUGUCCACUUACUUAAAACUCUUUUAUUUCUCACUAAAACACAAUGGGCGGUGGGGGGAGUUGGGCAGCAGGGUAACGUAGUGGUUAGCACAACACCUUACAGGUGACCUGGGUUCAAUUCCCACUGCUGCCUGCAAAGAGUUCGUACUUUUUCCCCGUGAACACUUGGGAUUUCCUCCAGGUGCUCCGAUUUCUUCCCACGGUCCAAAGAUGUACCGAUUGACAGGUUAAUUGGUCGUUGUAAAUUGUCCCGUGAUUUGGAUGGGAUUAACUCGGGGUCCUGGCUCGAAAGGCCUUUUCUGCGCUAUAUCUUAAUAAUAAAUUAUCCUCAACUUCACUAAAGCCCAGAGUGCAUAGAGCAGGGUUUCUCAACCUGGAGUCCAUGGACAUUUUACUUAAUGGUGUUGGUCCAUGGCAUAAAAAAGGAUAGGAACACCUGGCAUUGAGGCAAAUUGAUAGUAUUGUGUACUGAGAGAGGAAAGAGAAUAAUCCUUCUUCUCCGGGAUUCCUGAAUUAUUCAUUACAUAUGUGUUUAUGUUACAUAUAUAGUUAAUAUUAACAACAUCAAUUGCGCGUUUUAAAUGUGCAUCAUAUCCAAAAUUCUGGGGGCUCUCUGGCUCGGGUAUAUCUAUGGAGAGGAAUAAACAGUCAAUGUUUCAGCUCAAGGCCAUUCAUUACCAAAAUGUUGGCUCUUUAUUCCCCUCCAUAGAUGCUGCUUGACCUGUUGAGUUACUCCAGCAUUUUAUAUGUGUUACUCUGGAUUUCCCACAUCUGCAGAAUGUCUUGUGUUUUAAAUGUGCAUCACUUUGUUGUAAGCUGAAGUAAACCAUGUGU